UUCAUUUGAAAUUUCAGAAGCAAAGUGAGAUAACAAAUAAGGUUCACUUCAGCUUUCCCCGUUUUUCUAACCUCUCUUAAAUCCUGCAACGAUUACUUCGCGUCUGCACUUUGGAGUAUACGAGCCUCAAAACGGAAAUGCAUCUGUUGACUUUCGUGCGUAAUGGUGAGACUAUUUCGAAGUAAGGUGUGUGAACUAGAACCCGCCUACAGUCGGACUUUGGGUAGUGUACGGCACACAACUUUAAUCUGAAAACGCGCGGCGGAUUUCUUGUUCGGUGUGGUCUCCGUGAGCGGAGCUUAACGGUUUGUUGUUGUUUUACCUCGUCUGGACUCGCCACGAGGAACGACCACGGCCACGAUGAGUUUUCCACGGAAAUUCUGCACCUUCGUGGUCAACGUCCUGUGCCUGCCCCUCCACCUGAUGAAGGCGGUCGGCCUGUAUGAAUAUUACAAGCGCGUAUUCCCGUUCUGCGUCUACCGUAUUUCGAUUACGUACAACAAGAAAAUGCACGACAAGAAAAAGGAGCUGUUCCACAGCGUCCCGGAAUUCAGCGACUCCGGCAAGCCGGUGAAGAUCUUGGAGAUCGGCUGCGGCAGCGGCACGAAUUUCGAGUUUUAUCCCAGCGGCUCCAGGGUGACCUGCUGUGACCCCAACCCGCACUUCAGGAAAUUCCUGAAAAAGAGCAUGGAGCAGAACGACCACCUCUCCUACGACAGCUUCGUGGUGUCGUCCGGGGAGGACAUGAGCUCCGUGGGGGAUGAGUGUGUGGACGUGGUGGUGUGCACCCUGGUGCUGUGCACCGUGCGCGACAUCACGCAAACCCUGCGGGAGGUGCACCGCGUUCUGCGCAAGGGUGGAGCCUUCUUUUUCAUGGAGCACGUGGUCGCCGACCCCUCGACUUGGUCGCACUUCUUCCAGCAUGUCCUCCAGCCUCUGUGGUAUUACUUUGGUGAUGGAUGCGAGGUCACCCGGGAAACUUGGAAAUACCUAGAAGCAGCCGGAUUCUCCGAGCUCCAGCUAAGACACAUCGAAACGCCACUUAUGUUCGCAAUCAAACCACACAUCGUCGGCUAUGCCGUCAAAUAAGCGCUGUGUCAUGAACCAAGUGCCACACUGUUCUCACAACCAGUAUAUGUAGAGCUUUCUAUUCUCCUGUCCACCUGUGUGACCCAUAACAGCUGUCUUAUAUAAUACUCCUUUUCAUUUUUGAAGCGGAAUAAACUUGUUUGCUCUUUAGGGAGGAGAUGUGUUUAACUUUGACCCUCGUCGCUGGAAAAGUGACUAAACUUUCAGGAGCUGAAAGGCAUUUAUUCUCGAGUUGGCUUUUCCUUUUGUCAAGUUUAACCACGCAUUACGUUUUGGUUGUGAAGACAUCAAUGUGUCAAUAUGUUGUGCAUUAAAAGCUUUUACCUGGCAGUAAAAUAAACAUUUGUUUAUUUGUCUCAAAGCUGGAACAGCUUGGCCUGCAGCCUCCCCUUCAAUCUCA